CGCGGCUAAGGUUCUAUAUUUCUACGAAACUUAAUCACAAAGUAAACAGUUCUUGUUAUAUAUAAUAGAUCUAACAACGAAUGAUAAAAAAACCCUCUUUGAUUUGAGUUACAGUUGAAAUUUGAAAAUCAUGGCAGGCACACCUGAGAAAAAUAAAUCAUAUCCAGAAUCUCCAUCUUCUCCAAAAGCUAAAGAGCCAGAGGUUCACCAAGAUACGCAGAAAUGGGGCACUCACGUUAUGGGUCAGCCGGCGGCACCAGAAGUUCACCCAGAUAAUCAGAAAGCAGCCCUUUGGACCCCUGAAGGCCCACACCAGUACUACCACAACCACCCUUAUCUCGUCUAUUCCCCUGUCGAGAAACCCGCAGAUAACCCUUUUGAAUAUGUUGUCAACAUGUUCAAUUCUUGGAGUCAAAAAACUGAGACCAUAGCCCGUAAUAUCUGGCACAACUUGAAAACUGGACCAUCUGUGUCGGAAGCUGCUUGGGGGAAGGUUAAUUUGACUGCCAAGGCUUUAACAGAAGGGGGAUUUGAGUCUAUGUUCAAGCAGAUUUUUCCUACUGAUCCAAAUGAAAAGCUGAAGAAAACAUUUGCCUGUUAUCUUUCCACUACAACUGGCCCAGUUGCUGGAACUCUCUAUCUUUCAACGGUUCGUGUGGCUUUUUGCAGUGAUCGUCCAUUAUCUUUCAGAGCUCCAUCUGGGCAAGAAACUUGGAGCUAUUACAAGGUGAUGAUACCUUUGGGAAACAUUGCAUCUGUGAAUCCUGUGGUUGUGAGAGAAAAUCCACCGGAGAAAUAUAUUCAGAUUGUGACAGUCGAUGGACAUGAGUUUUGGUUUAUGGGUUUUGUGAAUUUUGAGAAAGCAAUUCAUCAUCUGUUGGAUUCUGUAUCAGAUUUUAGGGCAGCUGCUAAUGUGGUGGUUCAACCAGUUGCUGGCUAAAUAAUGCAUCAAUUUCUCUUUGUUUAUAUGUUUUAGACAGUUCUGAUUGCCUGAUUUUGUAAUUUUUUUUUUUUUAA